CUUUCUCUCUCGUCCAUAUUUCUCUCUCUAAUUGAGGAGAUAGAAGAAGAAGAAGAAGAAUGGAUACGCAGGCAUGCAACUCAGUCCAAGAUGUGGAGGUUCGAAAGGGGCCAUGGACUAUGGAAGAGGAUUUGACUCUCAUCAACUACAUAGCCAAUCAUGGCGAAGGUGUUUGGAACUCUCUCGCUAAAUCUGCGGGUCUGAAACGUACUGGAAAGAGCUGUCGACUUCGGUGGUUGAACUACCUCCGUCCUGACGUCCGACGAGGCAAUAUAACCCCCGAAGAACAACUUCUCAUCAUGGAAUUGCAUGCAAAAUGGGGAAACAAGUGGUCGAAAAUAGCAAAACAUCUUCCCGGGAGGACCGAUAACGAAAUAAAGAAUUACUGGAGGACGAGAAUCCAAAAGCACAUAAAGCAAGCCCAUGGGUUCCCCACUCUACAAAACACCACAAAUAUUGGAUUAUCUCAUGAGAUAAUGAAUGAACAAGCUGCAAGUUCAAGUAGCUGCCAAGUUUCAUACACAAUGGAUCCAAUGGAAACCUAUUCUCCUCCGACAUACUCCCAAAACAUGGAUGCCUUCUCAAUGCCUUUGCCGCCAACUGAUAAUGUCAACGACAAUUAUUGGAGCAUGGAGGAUCUCUGGUCUAUGCAGCUUCUCAAUGCUGAAUAGAUCAAAUUAAAUAAUUUGAUGAUAUUUGAAUUUAAAAUAUUUAUUUAUUUUGAUUCAAUAUCAUUAGGGUUUUCUAUAUAUAGUUUGGAAAAAAACAUGUGUAUUUUUCCACAUAUAUAAUUAGACUAAGGCAUAUAUAUAUGGCUUUGUGUUUAAAAAUUUGCAUACUCUCUUUAUAUAUAUAUAUAUAUAUAAGUAUUAUUUUAUCCU